AUGGUAAUAGAACAAAAAUGGUGUCUAGGAAAACCAUCAUUAUUUACACAAUAUCGCAUCCGUUUUGCAAAUGAAUUACGUCUUGCUCAACAGCAUGAACAUUGUAAUAGUUUACAUCGUGAAAUAGCACUUGUUGAAGAAGACAUUACUCAAAUACUUAAACAAAUAACACCGAUUGAUUUUGCUCAAAUAAAUGAAAAAUUAAAUUCAUGUAUUACCUCAUGUCAAACUGAACAAAAACGUACUCUUAAAGAAUAUACUCGUGUAAAAAAACAAUUAAUUCAUCUUGCACUAAAACUUCUUAUUGGUAAUGCUUAUUUUCGUGCUCGUUAUAAUGAAAUUCCUAUUCAAACACAACCUGUAAAUAUUAAAAAACGACGAAAACGAUUAAAACUAACUAUUGAACAACAAUGGAAAAAAGGUAUAGGGGAUGCAUAUCGAAAAUUACAAAUACAACGAGAUAAAGAAAUUAUACCUAAACAUAAUGAAUUUGUUAAUAUUUCAAUACCCAUUGAACCGUUGCCUAUAAAUAAUGAUUAUCCUAUCGAUGACCCACCAAUUCUUACAGAGAAUAUCAUUGAUGAAAUAAAAGAACAUGAAUUUGUACCACCUUUACCACCGCCACCACUGAAUGAAAUUAUCAUUCCAUUUCAAACACCACCCUCAAUUACAUGUCGAUCACCGCCAUCAGAUCGACUUCAUCUAGCCAUCGAUGAUACGAUUGUUAAACCUCAUCGUCUUGUUAAUAAAACAUUGGGAAAUAUUACCCAAAUGUCAUUUCAUAUUGAUCCUGAUCAAUGUUCAUCGCCGAAACCAGAAGAUAGAAAAAAGAAAACUAAACUAAAGAAAUUAAUGUUACCACCAGUACCACCGCAAGCACCUUUAUUUAGUUCAACAGCUAUAUUUGAUACACAUGCCUUUUUUACUCAAACAACUAAUAAAGCAAAAAAACAAAAGAAAAAAAUUGAUAUUGCACGUCAACCUGUUAUAAUGACAACAAAUGAUAUACCAAAGAAAAAAAUACGAACGAAAAAAUCUUCUCCUUAUGAUUUUCAAGAUGAUGAUAAUAUGACAUUAUCAAGAUCGAAAGGUACAAAAUUAUUAACCGAUGAUAUAAUAACAGCUCGUUUUGCUAAAAAUAGUCAUUAUCAAAGUCAUCAAACAUCGGUGGCAAGUACAAAAUCUUCGAAAUCUCAUCAUAAAUCAAAUGAACGAGAACAUAAGAAAAAAAAGAAGAAUAUUUUGGGUAUUGGUACAUCAUCAAGUCCAUUAAUUUCAUCAACUAAUUUAACAUUAUCACCCGGACGAUUAUCAACAGAUGAUAAAGAUAACGAUGAUGAUUAUGAAAUGAAAUCAUCAUUAUCAAGACGUUGUAAUCGAACAAAGACAACAACUAAAUGUAGACGAACACGUGUAAAAUAA